AUGGCGGAUGCAAUGGUUGCUAGGGUUCGCUCGCCUCUGGCUGAGACUACGAACCGAAUGAACUCUCCGUUCCCUCCUCUGGAGCAACAGAUACACAAGCCACGAUAUGAUCAAUCCGACGCGGCACAUUCUCAACACAAUCCACCUACACCUCAUGCAAGACCAGAAAGCCGUCAGGCUGCGGUUGCACCGCCAAACAUCACUCUCAACACUCAGAUGUCUGGCGUUAUACACCAUCCGCAACCCGCUGAGGACAGCAAGCGCAUGUCUCAAGCCUCAUAUGCCUCAACCUCGAGUAGUCGAAGCAAGAAGAAUUACAAGACUCACAUUGGACCAUGGCAACUUGGGCGAACACUCGGAAAAGGGUCGUCAGCCCGUGUGCGCCUAUGCAGACACAACAUCACGAACCAACUUGCGGCCGUCAAAAUUGUCAAUAGAAGGAUGGCCUAUCUUGUCCAAGACAGCUCCAUGGCUGCUCUAAGCAAGUGGGACAGCAGCCUUCCUGAGCAAAUCAAUGGAGAGAUGCGUGUCCCAAUGGCAAUUGAGCGCGAAGUGGCUAUUCUGAAACUCAUCGAACAUCCUAAUAUCAUGAAGCUGUACGACAUAUGGGAGAAUCGCUCUGAAAUCUAUCUCAUCCUCGAAUACAUUGACCAAGGCGACCUCUUUACCUUUAUCAACUCCAGAGGAAGACUACCCGAAGAACUCGCCAUCUGCUUCUUCCGGCAGAUGAUGAGCGCUAUUUCAUACUGUCAUUCCUUCAAUGUGUGCCACCGUGAUCUGAAACCGGAAAACAUUCUCAUCACUGCAGACUACCAGAUCAAGAUUGCAGACUUUGGCAUGGCUGCUCUACAUCAGACCGCUACACAUCAAUUGGCUACAGCUUGCGGCAGUCCGCAUUAUGCCGCCCCCGAAUUACUCAAAAAUAAGCAGUAUCGUGGAGACCAGGCUGAUAUUUGGAGCAUGGGUGUUAUCCUCUAUGCUAUGCUCUCCGCCACCUUACCAUUUGACGACCCUGACUUGCGUGCGAUGAUGAACAAGACAAAGAAGGGACACUAUGAGAUGCCCAAGUUUCUUAGUCCCGAAGCUGAGGACUUGAUUCGCCGGAUGCUCCAGGUGAACCCGGAUCGUCGAAUCACCAUGAAGGGCAUCUGGAGGCACCCUUUGGUUCAGAAGUACAGCUACCUCGACGAGUUUGGAGACAACACUGCUCAAUUGCCGGACACUCGGAGGGGGUUCCAGUAUACACCAGUAGCCCGAGCCGACAUCGAUCCUCAGCUGCUUCGACAGCUUCGGUCCAUGUGGCACAUGUUCAGUGAGCAUGAUCUAGCUCUUAAGCUUACACGCGAAGAGGCCAAUGACCAGAAAGCCUUUUAUUGGUUGCUGUAUAACUAUCGGAACAAGCAGCUGGAGGACUUCAAGCCUGAACUGGCCCACUCCAUGAGCGACUACCACCACCUCAAGCCAGCCAUCUGGAAGAAACGUAUUUCGACCUGUCAGUUCGAGAAGCCCAGAGCCAAUGGACACGGGCGCUCUAUUUCGCGCUUCACUGUCAUCUCGAAUGCCGCCGAAACGGAGAAUGGAAGUUAUGACCCCUAUCGCAGCAGUCGCCUGCCGCAGCGUUGUGACUCCCAAGUCAGCCAAGCAAAGAUUGUCAUACAUCGUGACGGCCAGGUUGUCACCUCAACUGCAGCCGGGCAAGGGCAAGCUAAUAGGACGCGCAGCGGCUCCAAUGCCCGCCGCAUGCGAGCAAACUCGACAAGAGGCUCUCUUACAAGCAGACCACAAUCUUCACGCGGAUCGCUAGCCUCACUCCAAAGCAGCCGCCAAGGAACCCCCCAGAUACGAGUGCCUAGUCUUCGUCAUAAGCGUGGCGUAGACUUCUCGCACGUUCGUAAGCGGUCGAAUUCUGCUGGACCUGGUCCGCGAGCUGCUAAUCGCAAGUCCGUAUCUGGCAAUAUGACUGGCAUUGGGACUCCUCAACGGGCGUCGGCACCAGCUGCUAGAUCCCCAAGUCCAGAAAUGUCCAGGACAGCUGGUGGUACAUAUCCCAAGGCAAUGGGCGGCCCCGCGGACCGCUAUUCCAAACAGAGUGGUGCUUCUAUGAUCUUUCAUGAGGAGCUGCGCAAAUUUAGCAACACUUGUGCCAAGGAUUGCGAUGAAGCAUUCAAGAGCUCCCUGGUUGUUUACGACUCAGAAUGCGACUCCUCUACCACUGAUGGGGAUCGCAGAUACCGAGAAUCUAAUCCCUUCUCCAUUUCGUUGGAAAGCCCAACGACGACUAUUUCUCCAGCCACGGAAGUAUCGAGUGCCUCCUGGCACAGUCGACCUUUGCCCCCACUGCCCAAAGAUGCUAGCAUGCAAAGUCGUGUCACCGCAUCUUGCAAGGCUGACGUGCAGCCAACUUCGCCAGAUGGAGACGAUGAUAUGGAUACCUGUAUGGAAGAAGCCAGCAGGGUUGCAGUCCUUCCUCCCAGGCAGGUUGACCGUCGCAUUGUCUCAGCUCCUGCUCACAGCCAGGCUAAUAGAAAGUUGUCCACGCUGCCUUCGAUCAAUGAAAAUGCUGGGCUGCAUGGCGAUGGAACUCGCAUUGUAUCUGCUCCACCACACAGCCCAAUGAGACGGGCAAAUGAAAAGAACCGUAGUAUGGAAUAUCUUAGCAAGGUUGAGAAUACUAUCCGGGUCGUCAACUCACCUCUCUUGGGAGGCACUCCAAAGUUUUCGAGCGCAGUUGAUGACCAAAAGAGGGCCAGAUCCAAAGACGAAAGUCUCGCACACCCUCUUCAGCAGCAGGUUGUAUACGAUACCGAGGAGUACGAUGACCACAUCUACGAUGCAGAAACAGCUCCCAAGAAGAAGAAGACGUCUUGGUUCAAGCGAGCAUCCCGCGCCGAUUCCACCACAGCUCCUGGCAGCAGGGAAGCGCGUAGGGCAAGCACCUCGGCAGAUUCCAAGCAACCUGGCUCCGAGGAGGACUUUGGGGAGCAGGGGAAAAAGAGGAACUUUUCUUUCCCAUUCUGGAAGAGUAACAAAGGCAAGGAUUCUGGCAUGAGCAUUGAAGGUUUACAUGAUGUGCCUGAAAACCAUGGAAUGGGUAAUCACACAGUUGCGAGCAAACGACGAUCCGGCAUGGCUCCGUCGAGCUCAGGCAGCGCUCGCAACGUUGAAGUCAAGCAGAAUUGGCUUACGCGCUUGUUCCGCGUCAAACCAGCUACCAGCUACCUUUGCAUGACCCUGUCCAGCAAACGAGCUCGUCAGGAGGUUGUAAUUUUGCUGCGAGAAUGGCGUCGUUACGGCAUGAGGGGCAUCCAGGUUGACAAGCAGCGCAACAUUGUUUUUGGAAGACUCGGAGCUAAGAACUAUCUGAAUUUGAAGGAAGUUGAAUUUGCUGCGGAGAUUAUGACGGUAAUUGAACACGGCAGGAAGCAGCCACUUUGCAUUGUGCGAUUUACUCAAGAACGCGGGGCGGCCAGCAGUUUCCACCGCAUUGUCGACACGAUGAAGAUUAUGUUUGAAAGCCGACAUUUGCUGGUUACUGACAAGACCAAGCGAAAGAUGAUGAUCAACACGCUGAAUUCAUAA